UCUCCUUGGGUUUGUUUGAGAUUAUUUCCAAAAGGGGGCAGCAGAGAGCCUCAGAUUGAGGGUGUCACGUGAUGGCUGAGGCCUCAAAGCACAGCAGGACAUGUAAACACACAGCUUCUCCAGCCCAUUCUGUUCUCUUCGUCCUCCUUCAUCUCGUCGCCUGAAAUUCCCCGGUUUUCGCUUUGCUUUUGUGAACCUUAUCCAGCCCGCACCACCUAUCUGAACGCCCUCAGUGCCAGACUGCCAGGACGCCAUCAUGGACCAGAGUCCUGGCUGCCUGAGUCCUGAGGCGACCCUGAGAGAGAUCCAGAUCAACUUACUGGAGUGUAAAGUCUGCUUCGAGACGUUUACCUCGCAGCAGAGGGAGCGCAGACCGCAGAACCUUUCCUGUGGUCAUGUACUCUGUCUGGAAUGCAUCGCAGGUCUGUCCCACCCUCUGCUGAGGAAGCUGGAGUGCCCGUUCUGUCGACAGCUGUGCAGCGUUGACAACAUCUCCCAUUGCCAGGUUCUCAGUGACCUGCAAGACCUCCUUUUGUCCCAGAAACCCUCCUCCUCCGCUCCCCCUUGCAGGGCUAAAGGAGGAUUAAUCUCAGAAACGGCUCUGCAUCUUCUCGCCGCAUUUGGGGGCUGGGGGACUCUCACCAACCCCACUGGUGUAGCCGUUUUGGGGCCUACUGAGGGAGUCGUGGUGGUGCACGAUGGGCAGAAGAGAGUGGCGGUCUUCAACCAACAAGGAAGGAAGCUGCACAGUUUUGGGGAGAGAGGAGCGGGCAACGGGGACAUCUGUUACCCAGUGGAUGUGGCGGUGAGCCCCACUGGUUUCAUCGUUGUGACGGACGCAGGUGACAAAGCUGUGAAGGUUUUCACUUCCAGGGGGACGCACGUCGUGACGGUCAAAGGUUGCUUCCAACUUCCUUGGGGCGUGGACACAGACAGUGGUGGGCACAUCCUGGUUUCCGACGUCCAGGGUGGCGCACUGUUCAGAAUAAAAGUGGACUUUGGUCACGGUGUUAUCACAGAGAAUCAGGCAGUCAGAACCAACCUGCAGAGUCCCAAAGCCGUGGCUCACUGUCGGAAGACCGGAAACACGGCGGUCGUAGAGCAUCCAAAGCACCAAACCAGAACACUGAAGGUGUUCACAAAAGACUUCCACCUGCUUUACCAGGUGGACGCUUUCAGCCUCAGCCUGCAGUCGUCCUUCAGGUUGACCGUAUCAGAUGUGGCGUUCAGCAGCGAUGGAGAUGUGGUCGUGUCUGACGCCGAUCAGGGGUUGAUUUGUAGCUUAGGAAACCCUCAGAACCAUCCGGUCCUGACUCCUCUUGUGGGAGACCAUCUCAUCCGACCUGCCGGGCUGGUGUUACUGAACAACACGAUCAUCACUGUGGACGGUGGCGACCAUACGGUGAAGAUUUAUUCUACCAAGCCUGAUGCUUGAUGCGUCAUGUCCGUCACGUUACAAGAAACCCAAAGGGUAUAGAGUGGAGGAAAUACUAAAGUAAUAACCUGUGGAUAUGUUUUUAUUGUCUCUGCUUAAUAUUUUUAACGAUGAACUUAAGAAUAAAUCCAUCUGGGUCUUUGAAAUUUGUCCAGAUUGGAAAAAAUUUGGAUUUUCACUUAAAUAAAUUGUACAAAAAAUUGAGGUUGUAGUAAUAAUUUGUCUUAUUAAGGCGCUUUCAUGAUAUUGCACUAAGAUCUGCUCAUUUUAAGUCGUGAUUUGUUGGUUUGUAAAGUUUCCUCUUACUGUUAACAGCUAAGAAACCACUUUGUUUAAGUACAUUGUCCUGCUGACGAUUAA